AUGCCGAUGAAUGCCAGCGGAACACCUAACGAAGUAGCACCGCCAAUGCAAACCGACACUGUCUCAUCGCCAACAAACAUGCCUGGAAAUGUAUCAGUACGUGCACUUCCUUUUUCCGCAGAGCGACCAGCUUGGUGGUUCGCCCAGCUAGAAGCACAGUUUAGGAUUCGCUUCAUUACCGACGAGCACGGUCAAUUUGAUCAUGCAGUCUCGCUUAUUGACACUCAGUCCGCAGCAAAGAUAGAAGACAUAAUUUUAUGUCCCGCCACAACCACACCCUAUACGAUGCUAAGGCAAUGUCUUAUCGAGCGACUAACAAAGUCGAAAGACGUUAAGUUGCUCCAACUCUUAGACGGCGAAAAAAUUGAGGAUCGUACCCCUUCACAAUUUUUUCGCCAUCUACGUAGCUUAUGCCCAGACGUGCCAGACAACGUUCUUAAAGCAAGAUGGCAGUCACAACUUCCACCCCAAACACGUGCUUGUCUCGCAGCACAGCCAAACGCACCUUUAGAAGAUCUUAGCAGGUUAGCAGACAAAAUACACGAGGUGAUGCCAAAUGUUUCACGCUCUAUAGCCACGGUUUCUGAAGAGCAGUCCUUACGCGCAGAAAUAGCUGAACCUCGAAAGCGAUUAGACUCACUUAAUGUAAAGACUCAACGAAAUCGCAGUAGGGAAAACACCUCGUACCGUAGUAGGCGUGAUUCCUCACACAGUCGCACACGUCUGUCAGCAGAUGGUAUCUGUCGCUACCACAAAAAGUUUGGUAAAGAUGCCCAACGUUGUAUUCCUGGUUGUAAGUUCUCGGGAAACUCGAAAGAGGGACAGUAG